UGUUUCAAUGUCCUUACUGUAUGGGACGUUUUUUUGAUUAUUUACAUAGAUUCUUUAAAUUGACUAAUUCCCCAAAAUGUGUGACCAAGAAUUUAGGACUCAGCGCAUCGACCCACGGUAUCCCAAUCAAAAUCAAACCAAAGCUUGCUACGACAAUUACUGCGACUUCCAUAGAUGCCAAAGGCUCCUGGGUGAAGUGGACGACUGCAGGAUAUUCAAGCGAUACUUCGAGACGAUCUGCCCCAACGAAUGGAUUUCGCACUGGGACGACCUCCGAGAGAGAGGUGCCUUCCCGGGACCACUUUGAGAUGAAAUUGUAUUGUUUAUAUUUACAUUGAAAUUGACAUUAAAUUUUAUAAUGGCA